AUUUGGUACGUCGUGCUUAUAAACAAAACACUGCGUUUUGCUUCCACGUCUCUCUCGGUUCAAGAUCGUCGUUUUGGUUAUUUGUGAAGCAAAAACAUAAAAUGGGCGUGAUCUCUCCUAUCGAGACUCUGUUCUUGAAGUCUCAGCAUGGUCUUCUUCAAACUCGAGAUUAUUCCUACCCUGUGGCUUUACGUAACAGUCGAAGAGUUACAAAUCUCACACGCAACAGCUUCUCAUUUGUUUCUCUAGGAUCAUCAUCUGUAGAUUUUCCAUUAUGCAGUGAUCCGAUUUCGCAAAAUGGUAGGCCGAGUUAUCCUUGGCGGAGAUAUGUCUCAGAAUCUGAAUCAGCCGAGGUCUACAAUGAGAAGGUUUCUAUAAUGGAAAUGCUAAAGAAAGCCAACUCUUUUAUUCCUCAUGUGAUUCUUUCAAGUACAAUCUUAGCUCUUCUCUAUCCACCUUCUUUCACAUGGUUCAAGCCAAGGUACUUUGUGCCUGGCUUAGGGUUCAUGAUGUUUGCUGUUGGAAUCAACUCUAACGAACGGGACUUUCUUGAAGCUCUUAAAAGACCAGACGCUAUUUUCGCCGGUUACAUCGGACAAUACUUGAUCAAACCUCUCUUAGGUUAUAUGUUCGGCGUGAUGGCUGUCUCUCUUUUCAAUCUACCGACUCCUAUAGGUGCUGGAAUCAUGUUGGUAUCAUGUGUUAGUGGAGCUCAGCUAUCGAACUACACAACUUUCUUGACCGAUCCUUCACUCGCGCCGCUUAGUAUUGUCAUGACAUCGAUCUCAACAGCUACUGCAGCGCUCGUUACACCAAUGCUUUCUCUAUUGCUCAUUGGUAAAAAGCUUCCCGUUGAUGUGAUUCGGAUGAUCUCUAGCAUUCUUCAGGUCGUGGUUACACCUAUUGCCGCAGGACUACUUCUGAACCGGUUAUUGCCAAGGUUGUCUAGUGCAAUCAAACCAUUUCUCCCAGCAUUAACGCUUAUCGAUAUGGCUUGUUGCAUUGGAGCACCCCUCGCUUUGAACAUAGACUCAAUCUUGUCUCCAUUCGGUGCAACCAUUUUGUUCCUCGUUAUCACGUUUCAUCUCUUGGCUUUCGUAGCUGGUUACUUUUUUACUGGUUUCUUCUUCAGCAAGGCACCUGAUGUAAAGGCUCUACAACGAACAUUAUCCUAUGAAACAGGAAUGCAAAGUAGUCUUCUAGCUCUGGCCCUCGCAACAAAGUUCUUUCAAGAUCCUCUUGUUGGAGUGCCUCCAGCGAUCUCCACGGUGGUUAUGUCUCUGAUGGGUGUCUCGCUAGUUACAAUAUGGAAAAACAGAAAGGAGUAGUGACAUAAACCCUAAUCUGGGAUGUUCCACGAUUUUUUACGUUGUUUAUGUUUUUUUUCUAUAAUGGCUCUAGUUAUAAUUUCUCUUUUUAAAUUGGUACUGGUACGACUAGCAUGGACACAUUUAUGUGGAACCGUGAAACUGAACCUUGUCAAAUCAAAAUAACCAAAACCAAAAUUAAACCGA